AUGCAACAAUCUCAAUCAUCAUCAUCAUCAUACAUGUAUCCAUCAUCACCAACAUCAGAUUUAUCACUUUAUGAUUCUGCUUAUUCAUCAUAUGUUUAUUCAUCACCACCACCACCAUCAUCUUCAUUUCAUUUUUCAUCAUGUCCAUAUACAAACGAAUCAUUCUACAUGCCAUCACAAACUUAUCCAUCAUAUUACAGUCCAACACCAUAUCCAAUGACACAAUAUUCAGAACCAUUUGCCAGCAGUACACCAGUUCCAAUAAGUAACGUAUGUCUUAUUCCAUCAAUCAAGGAUUCACAACCAAGACGCCGUCGUCAGCAACAACAACAACAGUCAACUACAUCAUCACCAUCUCUAUGUCCAGCACGUAAACGUAUUAGUGAUGAAGCUAUUGAACAUCUUAAUGCAUUUUAUGCAAUGAAAAAACGUCCAACUGAAGCAGAAAAAGAUCGUCUUGCUAUGGAAUGCAAUAUUACAUUGGCACAAGUUAAUACAUGGUUUAAUAAUGCUCGUUCACGUCGUGGCGAUACAAAUCCAAAAUUAGCUCAAAAACUACUUAAACAACAAAUUGAUUCGUUAAACAAUCAAGUUAAUCUUCUUCAACAACGACAACAAUCAUCGUCAUCUGAACAUGUUUCUUUUUGA